CGUCAGCGGAAAUAGAUGUAAAUGUGAUUGUCAAACGUCAAACGGAGUGCGUAUGGUCCUGUUAUGCGGCUGCGAAAAUCAUUAUACUUUAUUCAAAUAAAUUUGCCUGAAAAAAUAGAUAUAUUUAAAGGAUCUGUUGAUUACCUUGCCAAUUAAGUAUUGAAUCCUUAGACUUCGAAACCCGAUCUGUUUAGCUAACAUUUAGCAUUUGUGUUCAUACGAUUACAGUAUGUGUAUGUAACGCAGUGUUUAUCAGCAUCGCUCCAAAUGGCAUCCAAACAGCCAUUUACAGAUUCUGACAUUUCGGAUGAAGCAGUCAGAGCUACUUGCGACGAUGCAUCGAUAUGCAAAAGGUUUGCUUCCAGUAAAGGUUACUGGACUGACCUCUACGUCCAGUAUUUUGUGAGACAAGUAGGUGAACGUAAAGCACCUGAGAUCAACAGAGGUUAUUAUGGACGCGUCAAAGGAAUGAAUCUUCUUAUUGAUGCUUUUCUCAAGAAGACACGAUGUGACUGCCAGGUGGUGAAUCUUGGGGCAGGACUGGAUACUACUUUUUGGAGAUUAAAGGAUGAAAAGAUUAUGCCAAAAAAGUUCUUUGAAGUCGACUUCCCAAUGAUUGUUGACAGAAAAAUACACCACAUCAAGACGAAACCUCCACUAUCAAAACCUUUGAUUGAGACCCACUCCUCUGAUGCACUCCUUCUGGAUGUUCACAGCCUUGACUCGGACAGAUAUUGUAUAAUCGGCGCUGAUCUAAGAGACUUGCCAACUUUGGAGGAGAAACUGAAAAAGUUCCAGAUAAAUCCAGAGUUGCCCACUCUGUUUCUGUCUGAAUGUGUACUGGUGUACAUGACCCCUGAGCAGUCCUCUAAACUGGUGCACUGGGUUGCAGACACCUUCCCCACCGCCAUGUUCAUUAACUAUGAACAGGUGAACAUGAAUGAUCGCUUUGGGGAGAUCAUGAUUGAGAAUCUGCAGCGUCGACAGUGCAAUCUGGCUGGGGUGGAUCUGUGUCAGUCUCUGGACUCUCAAAUGAAUCGUUUUCUGUCAGCAGGCUGGGAAAGUGCAAAUGCACUGGACAUGAUGACGGUAUACAGCAUGCUUCCUCAGGAAGAUGUAGCUAGAAUUGAGCGUCUAGAGUUUUUAGAUGAAAAGGAACUUCUCCAACAGCUUCUACAACACUACUGCAUCUGCUGGGCUGUAAAAGAUAAGCUCAGUCUAGGCCUCUCACAGAUUGGGGUUUAAACGUCAGUAUGGACUUGGCUGUAAAAGUUUCAUUUGAAACAACAUCGCCAAGAGAGGUCAGGACGAUCUUCUUGACUCUUUUCAGAGAAUAGAAAGGGGAAGUCAUUUAUAUCUUUAUUUCCAUUUUUGUGCACAAUAAAAAUGGAGACUACUGGUAUCAGCGUAUUUUCUUCUUUUUUAUGUGCCGCCUCUUUUCUCCCAUGUGACUGUUGUGUCUCACUAAAGUGCCACAUUAAUUAAGCUAUGUUUUACAAAUCUAUAGCAUACCUGUUAAACAAUCGUGAAAUAUUCAUAGGAUGACAAAAAUAAAAUGUUUAUACGAAAAAA